AUGCCAUUACUCGUAUCUGGCCAGCACCACCCCCGCUCGACAUCGAAUUGGAACGCAUUACCAUUCCGGCAUCCCCAUCGCAUGCUUGUUCACCCGGCUAUGCCACCUCGGGCACACAUUCGGCAACACUCGCUGCACUUCACCACUCAGCAGUUCGAUGAGCUGGACAACCUUGCAUCUAUGAUGCUGCAUGAGAGCGAGAUGGAAGCUGAACAUCCAUCCAAGUCUAAAUCGCAUGACGAGGAACAUUGGGAUGUAGUGGAAUGA